AUGAAGUACGUGAUAGAACAUAUGGAGGAAGGCUUCUCCGAAUGGGUUAUAUUGGAAUAUUCUCAAAUAAUCAGGGAAGUAGGCAAAGAAAAUUUGAUAUUGACGUCGUUACCUUCUUCAAUCACUGAGAAGGAUAUCCCAUCUAGACUUAUAGACUUAGGAUUGCAAUGGACUACAGAAGAAUGCAUAAAUAUAGAUGGUGGUAAUAUCGAAAAAUCCAAGAUUUGCUUAUUAGAUCCAGCAGCUGAGGUUGAGUUAGUGCCAGAAGAUAAUAAAGAAUUUGAUUAUUUUGUAUUUGGAGGAAUUUUAGGUUCUCAUCCUAGAAUUGAUAGAACAGGAAUCUUGAGAAAGAAGUACGGGUUAGCUGGAAGGAGAUUAGGAAGUUUGCAAAUGACAACUGAUACAGCUAUCAGAACUACUCAGAAAAUUGUUAAAGAUCAAGUUAAGUUUGAAAGUAUUGAGUUUUUAGACUACCCAGAAAUAAGAUAUAAUAAAUACGAAGCUACAGAAAUGCCGUUCAGAUAUAUCGUUGGUAAAGAUGAUGCUCCAAUAUUACCAGAAGGAAUGUUGGAACUAAUUAAACACGAUGCAGAACAAAGUAUUGACGAUUUAUUAAUAGAAUAA